CCUGGGUAGAGGAAGCAGGAACAGGUGGCAGUGAGAGGCAGUGGGCAGGUCUCCCGGGCAGCGGUGGCUGGAACCCCAGCUAGGAUGGGUUCACUCUGGGGCCUGGCUCUGACCCUUUUCUUCUGCUGCUGGGAGGCUGGGACCCCCAGGAGCUCUGCAGGCCCUAACACCCUCAGACGAGGCUCUGUGGGGACAAUGAACCACACAGAAGUGCCUGCUGUGACUCUGGGGGUCCACACAAGCUCAGUGGGAAACUCGCAGACCCCUGACCUUGCUAAGACCUCUGUGCCAAGCCACAUGCCUUUGGAAACUCAAACCCUGGGCACCCAGACCUCUGAUAGGACCUCUAUCCCAGUCGGUACCAUCUCAGAGGCAGAGACCAAAGAAACCAAAAUCAAAAUUCCGGUAACAGAGAUCAGGGCCCUCACAAAAAUAACACCUUCCAAGUUCAUGGCUGUGAUGACCAUUCCUAUGGAGACAUCAGCCACAAGUGACAGCCCCUCAGGAACUGGGAUAGCCACAGAUGAAACUCUUAUAGGUAAUGAUCUCUCGGAAGCCAUCUUUGACACCUUUUGUACUGAUGACAGCUCUGAAGAGGCAAAGAGGAUCACAAGUGACACCUUGACAUUGUCUUGCACCUCCGUAGAAACCAGGGCCCUGGCCUUGGAGAGUAACUCGGUUCCAGCCAUCAUCACCUCACAAGCCCUGGCACCUGAAAUCACUGCUCUUUCUAAAACCUUGGUUGCCUGCACCAUCACCGACAUUGAGGGUACCAAUUGCAGUGUUAUAGAAAUUGAAACAACUGCCACCAUCUCUGGGACCUCAGGCCUAGAUCACAGCUCCACAGGAAGAAAGGCCUUGUCCACUCCUGAGACGUCGGUUUUGCCUCACUUCACUGAAGCAAAACCACACCUCACCAGGACCACAACCUCUUCUAAGACCUUGUCAACAGCCAGUGUCACAGACUCAGCCACACCUGGUACCACCAUUGAGACCCCAUUCACUGCCAAUAGCCCCACAGAAGGAGAAACAACAGCAGCCAAGGCCACUACCCCCAGUGGAACUUUGGGGACAGUCAGCAUGAACCCCUUGGAAGAAACCUCAGUCCUCUCUGUUGAGACAACAAGCCACACCGAGGCCUCAGGAGCAGUUACAAUCUCCACAGAGGCUGGGUCAACAGUGGGCAAAGCGACUCCCCCUGCUGGGUCCUCAGCUACGAUCUACAGCCUCUCCGUAGUAGGCACCAUCAAGAACUGCACCCCCUCAGAGACUUCUGCCACAGCAAGCACAACCAGUGGGCCUGUCCCCAUCAGCAGGACUCCUCUUCCCUCUGUCCAUCUGACCAUUGCCAACAGCAGUCAAGAAACAGACAUCACCUUAGCCAAGACCACAGCCUCAGCAAAGACCUCGAAGACAGCCAGCACGGCCGGAGGAAAGCCCCCAACAGCCACGCCAACCACUGCGGGGACAAGUUGGACCACAAAAGUCACUGCAGGUGGGGAUGGAGGCUUCCUCCUCCUGCAACUGAGAGUGGCCUCCCCAGAAGACCUCACUGACCCCAGAGUGUCAGAGAGGCUGAUGCACCAGCUCCGCCAUGAACUGCAUGCGCACAUGCCUCCCAUCCAAGUGUCUCUUCUGCGUGUCAGGAGAGACUAAAGACCAUCGGCUGCAGCCAGGUGUGGCUGUGUGCCAAGCGCGGGACAGUGUUGCCUAUGGCCUGGGACCCACCACAGACUGAAGCCACAUUGCUAUGCCAAGAUGUACCUGGAAGGUUCCCCCGGACGUCAGUUGGCCUAACCCCUUACCCCAGACAUGGCAGCGGGAUCCUGGCUCAUAUAUGCCUGAGUGUAAGCAUAUGGGGAGGGGGGCUUCCCCUGUUCCAGAGAUAUCCUUAGACUUCCCUUGGCACAUGUGUUGUGAUUCAAUAAAGAGUGAC